UCGAAAUUUAUAGUACUAGAAUAUAACAUAAUAAAUAUUGUAAAAUAAUAUAAUAAAAGUGUGAUAAGCUUCACAAUGAAUAAAAAAUCCCCUUGCAAAUGCCCUCCUGGUUUACAAGAAUUUUGUAAGCAUGCGAAAGUUACGGAUUGCAAAAAUGUUACGGACAUUGUUGAAGCCCUAACAUACGAAGCCGAAAGUACACGAAAAACUAGAAGAUCGAGGCGUCCCAAAUUCAAAACUAAGCCAUUUAAACCACGUCAUUAUAUAGACACCUGCGUGCCUAUGGUCCCGUCGAUGCACACAAGAUUGAGGUACAUUCGGCAUUGCGAUGUGGAACCGUUAAGAACAGAUAGAAAUGCUGGGCGAAGCUUCGGUGAAUUCGACUUCGAGUUGACGUCAGAAGAGGAAGAGACAAACGGUAUAUUGAGAACUGGCAAGAAAAGAGAGAAAUUCAAGAAGAAAGUUCGCUACUUUGAUCUUUUACCAGGAGAUAUUUUGCUGCCCACACCAGUUCCAGUCAUAAAGCACACCGCUUCCGACAAAUCUAUAUUAAAUGUGGCAAGUCCGAAAACCAGUGGUGAGGUUAUCGAAGCUCAACGCGCAACAGUUAAACCUGGAGAAAUUAGGCCUCCAAUACCGCCAAAAUCUGUUUACGAGUUGUUUAAACCUCACAGUGGUAUUGUUAUUAAUAGAGAUAACGAAUUCGUUCCCGAUGUCAUGCAUGCUCCAGGAUCUAGAAGCUUACCCAGAUCUCCUAAUAAAAAAAGGAAGCCUUGUCAUAAAGGAGGAAUUUGUUAUAGAAAAACAUGUACGAGAAAAAAGUGUAGUCGAAAGUAUGCAGCGAUGAGAAAGAAACAUAUUGGCCGCAAAAUUAAAAGAUCACGUUCCGAUUUUCCAUAUACGAUCUUCGGAGAGGUAACCGAUGGCAAGCCACGAGCUAGAGGAACGCAGAAACACAUUAAAGACGACGAGUCCAUCUGUGGUCUUGAUGAGAUACCAAAACCAGAACAUGUCAGAAUACCAGCAAAUUUGAAAAGGGGUACGUUACAAACACAUUCUUUGACUGUAUUGCCGUGUACGAAAGAAAGAAAACCUGAAAUACAUUAUGGAAUAUUAACAGGAUCAUUUAACAUGUAUGAUGCUAAAUUUAGUGGGCGGUCGAAGGGUAGACAGGCUCUUACAAUGAGUGUAAUGGCAUACUGUUUAGCAUUUCACUAUCAUCCUAAACAGUGGACCAUGAAGCUUGUUGACAAUUUAAUUGAUGCAGGAGACCAAUGGUAUUUGCAGUGCUUAGAAAAGGUACAUGAUCAUUCGGCAGUUCAAGGUAUUUGCGAAGUCCUGCCUUUUGGCAAAAAACAAACAUUGAUAUUAAAUGGGAAAAGAAUGCAAGUUUUGUUAGGUGAGCCUGAUAUCGUUGGUUACGCCAUGUCCUUGGAUCCUACAGUUUAUAACUUAUGCAGAGGAUUAAAAGUUUUCUUCAAAAAUAAUCGGGCAGGAAUUCUAUUAACACGAGUGCUGAAAGUUGUAAUUUGGAAAGACAGAAUUUGUUAUUACAUUUUUGAUCCAGCUGGUAGAGACUCAAGUGCCUAUUCUAAUUUCUCAAAUGGCUAUUCUGCAAUUAUUAAUGUAAAAGAUUUAGUAUCAGUUGCAGAGGUUCUCUUAGCUCGCAGUGUGUUAGAAGACCAAAAGUUUGUCCUAGCUGCAGUAAAAGUAUUGAAAAUGUUUGACGAGAAAUGUGAUGAAGAUUUUGAAUCUGAUAAAGAACUUACUCAAGCUGAGAAAGCCAUGAUGGGUUACAGGAUUCUAAAUGAAAAUUGUGCUAUUGUUAAUGCUAAUAUGCAUUUCGGUGAUAAAUGUUUUGAGGAUGCGAAAUAUCGACAAGCAUUGGCAAUAGCUAUUGUAGCAAUAACUUAUGCGAAAAUAUCUCCGCCAAAUACUUGGUUCUCUAAGACUUUAGAUAAAGUACUGCGCCUGGGGAACAAACUUUUUGUUGAUUGUUCACACCCUAAAGUAAUGAUUGAUUUAACAAUUGAUAACAUUCCCAACGAAAUUAUAAUGGGGCCUUAUGCAUGCGAGAUUAUAAUUUAUAGAGAAAGAGUUAAAGGUCAACUUUUUACGACGAAAGAAUGUCUACUUAAUAUCAAAACAGGUCUUGAAGAUUUUUUUAGUCAUGAGUACAAUAGUGGUAUAUUACAAUUUAAUAAUUACUCACUUGCAAUUUGGAGGCAGAAGGACAUGUUUUAUUUAUUCGAUCCUUAUCCUCGCACUAAUGAUGGUUUACGCUCUGUUAAAACAGGCAGAGCGUGUUGUUUGAUGCUUUUAAAUACUGAAACCAUGGCGUCUGUUUUUACAAAAAAUUGGGAUUACUUAGCAGCAACAACACAGUUUCAUAUUCACGCCUUUAAAGUAUUAAAACUUAAGAAGAGACAACCGAAAAUGCAAAUUGUUUGUACUCUUAGUGAUGAACAAUUACCUGGUGCAAAAGCGAUAUCAAAAAGGAAGGGACUAUCUUUGAAUCAAGCUCAAGGUGAUGGAAAAGAAGUAAUUCACGAAAUUUUACCGGCAGACAAUAUAGAUUUUAAACCAGCUGUACCACAGGUAGAUGAAGAAAAAAUGGGCGAUAUAAUUUCAUUGGUCGAUAGUAUACAGGAAGACUAUAUUCCGCCAAUACCAUUGCGAUAUAAAAAAGUGUGCCCAGAACCAUUAGAAGAGAGAGUUGUGAAUUUGGAUUCGCCAACCGUUUCUGUAACGCAAGUUGUACCACCGUGGCCCAAGCCUCGCGAUAAGACCAACGAACCACCUGAACCAGAUCCUGAUCCAGAACCAACACCGCCACCUACACCACCAAUGCUACCACCUCCCGAAGGCGGAGAAGAAGAGGAGGAAGAAGAAGGCGAAGAGGAAGAAGAUGAGGAUACAACAAAAAGAAAGAAAGAAGAAGAAGAGCGAAGAAAGGCAGAGGAAGAGGCGCGUAGGAAAGCUGAAGAGCUUCCGCCUCCACUGCCGCCUCCGCCACCAUCACCACAGCCUGAACCUGAAGUGCUGCUUGCUCCUAUACAAAUGGCCGAGGAUGAAGUACAAACUAUGCAACCGGUCCAUGUUGAUCGUCAAAUACUCCUUUCUGAAGACGCGUGUUAUCGAUUUAAAUUGCGACAGUUACGAAAAAAAACGACACCCCCUUUAGCAGAAACGGAAUUGGAAGGUUCCCCUUCUGAAGAACUUUUGAAACCGAGCAAUUUCAAAGAUUUACCUGAUAAGUCGCAAAUAGUUAGAGGUUUAUCAGCUAUUACCGAUACCAAUGCUGUUGAUAUUUUGCCGUUUUGUGCAAUUAUGGCUAUAGUUACGUCCUAUAAAUAUUCUAUCAAUACUUGGACUAGUGGAAUCGUCAAUUUUGUAGUCGAUACAGCUAAAAAGUUACACACAAAUAAGUUAGAGAAAUUUCAGGUGGCACCCGUUCAUGUAAUACCGAAAAUUGCUAUUGGACAUCAGGCGUAUCAAGCUAACAUUGAUGUAGUUGGGGAGGGGGCGACAUGGCAGCUAGAAAAUGCGCUAUCACGUAAAUAUUUCUUAAAGUACGAUAGAGGCAUGAUCACUACGUCCAACUAUAGUUGCGCGUUUUUUAAAAGAAAUGGCCUAUAUUAUUUAUAUGACGGUAGUUCCUGCAAUCCCAUGGGUAUAAGAGAUGAAAAUAAUAAAGGAAAAGCCUGUUUUCUCAGGUUCUCUACAUUGCAUGAUCUGGUUAGCAGAGUUUUAUAUAAUAAAGAUGGACGUACAGAAGAUCAACAGUUUAUUCUGAGUCGAAUUUUAGUACGUAGACUGCUAACAGAGCCUCGCAUGAAACUUCCUGAAGAUUACGACUACAAUACCGGUUUGCCGAAAUCCAAAAAGUCCAGACCUUCAAUUGUGUCAUCGGGAAAAGACUCUGAAAAGAAAAGUUCAAUAGACUCGUUAGAGCUCAAAAGUCAGGCCAGUAUUGGGUAUCAACAAGUUGAAGGAAGUUACAGAAUCGAAGGGACAACUUCUUUGAAAGACAGGAAACCAAAUUCCGAUAUAAAAUCAUGUCAUUUCGUCAGUUUAAUAGCAAUGUUAAUGGCUGCGAUGCACCCUAUCCGAACCUGGGAUCAUAUUAUGGUGGAUAUGUGUAUUGAAAAGGGUCUUGAAAUAUAUGAAAAAGCAACUAAUCUUAAUGUUUGUGAAAAAAGAGUGAUUAAAAAUAUUAUACUUGAUGGAAAAUUCAUAAAUAUAAAUAUAAAGAAAAUCAUUGUGGUUAACGAGAAUCCGGAAAAGAGAAUAGAACAAUACUUGAAGGCAGUUUUGAGAAGACUACGUUACAUUAUCAUUAGAUUUCCGCAAUGUAGUAUGGUCAUAUGUCAAACGGAUGGUUAUUAUCAUCUUUUUGAUCCCUAUCCACCUCCAAGCGAAGAACCUCAAUCCAAAACAGAUGCAAUAGAAUACUUUGAUAAUAAUAAAGUUGUCGAGUCGAAAAAAGCGAGCGCUGUCGCAACAUGGACACUGUACAGAUCUAUGGAAGCUUUAACACGUCGAAUAGGGAAAGUUAUUUCAGGAAAAUCAGUUGACAAUCCAGAAUUUUACACCUUUGAAUUGACUUCUGUAAAGCCGGCUCCUCGGCAUUCAGCAUUAAACUAUAGACUCAGUCCAUUGUUCAAACCUGAGGACAAUCCAAACUUGCCAUAUUUAAAACGCCGUAGAGUUCGUCCAAUAAUAGAUGAAAAAAUGUAUUGGCUAAAUGUAGAGUCAAUACCUUGGUCUCGUAUGAAUUUUGUUAAUGAUUUAGGAUUUGAGAGAAAAACGCCUAGAACGAUGUGGAAAGACUGGGAUAUCGAAUUUCCUGGAGAUCUUUAUUCACUUUGGGGAUCAAUGCAUCCAUUGGAUAAAAUAUUUGAUGAGAAUCAUAGAGGUAAACAAUAUUUAUCCACCAGCGUAAUAGCAAUUGUCAUGACUAAAGCUUGUAAGCUCAGUGCCUGGACUGGUAGUUUGUUAGACGGUAUUGUUACAAACGGAGACAAGUAUCACAGAAAGUGUUUGAAUAAAAUUGGUAACAGUCCUAACUAUGAAAUUGGUAUAACAGACUUGGAUACUAAGUUUGAUGAAAUGUUUCCUUAUUCAUUUACGGUAAAAUUUGAUAAAAUAGUAUUUGGAUUCAUAUACAACAUUUUUCCCGAUCGGUUUAAUUUGAGCAAGGCAUUAGUUUACUUUUUUGAAAAGAAUUCUCUUGGAAUAUUGACUAGUCCUACUAAAAAUCUGGCCUUUGGUAAAUCGGACGCCUCAUAUUUUAUGUUCGAUUGUCAAAGUUAUGGUGCACCUUUGUUUUCCCCAGGCCAAGGUGCUUCAUACAUAUUGAAAUGUGAAAGUCUUAACAGACUCAUAUAUUGUAUGACAUUAACUUUAAAUAUAAGACGACAUGGUCAACAAUUUCAUUUAUUUAGUGUGACUGUUGCACUUACAGAAAAAAGUAAAUAAAAUGGUUAUAAAUAAUAAUUUAC